UCAUAAUAUUUUUGUUUACAUCUGCACAACACCGCAUGUGGCUAAGUUAUCUUCCUAAAAUAUCGUGCCGUUCCCGAUUUACUGGAAUUUAAAUCAACUGUCACCAACAUUCUACCAAAAUGCCACCAAAAUCGUCGUCUAAAAAAGAUCAAAUCGCUUGGCUAUUGUGUGAAAAGUGCAAAAUUUAUAUAACCUCGAAGGACCGCAACAAGCACGAAGAAGACUGCCCUGUGCCAAAUGAACCCAUCGAAUCAAUUCAAUGGAAAUAUUCGUUUAUUCGAUCGAAACAAGUCUAUGCACAACAAUUAUGUGAGACGACAGACCGAACUGCCAUUCUAUCCGAUGAACUGUUAAGUGAUCUGGGCUCAAAAUAUUUAAAUAAUUUAGUGUUUGCUAGCGAGUCGGUGAUGAACUUAUGUGAUUGGAUUAUCAGUGAUUUUGUGGUGUUACAGCCGUCAUGCGAUACUCAUAUUCCAGUUGUAAAAAGGUUAUGGCCGGCAGCGGAUAAAAAUACGUCCAACGUUUUCGUAACGGAUGAUGAAUUACGCACUGCUUGGCAAGAUGUUACUUAUUUCACGAUCACGAAAUUACCAUACGAUCCUCCACCUGCUGCCACUAUGACAAUCAAAGCAUUAGUACCAAGUGAAAUUGAUCGGAAAAGCUACAACGAUUUGUCCAACAUAAUUGCGAAACAACUCUUCAACAACGUCGUCUGCUGUGAUCACGAAUUCACGACUGAAAUUUUCAACAAAACAUUUACGUUUCUCAUCACUCGAAUAACAGGACACGAGUACUCGGACGUAUGUCAAGGCAUCGAAGAGAAAUUGAAAAUGCUCAGCAUGAAUCAGCCGAGUCACAGUUUUCAUUUGGUGACAAGAAAAACCAGAAUCGAAAUCGUUCGAGCUGAAGAUGAGACAGUGAAUGAAGGUGAUUUGAAUGCUGACAUUCAAUUGGAAUCGAUUGGGGGAUUGAAUGGUACAAUCGCCGACAUAAAAGACGCAAUGAACUUUGCCUUCGGUAUUGCUAAGCCCAUGCAGGGAAUGCAAAUACCACGAGCCGUUUUAUUGUACGGCCUUCCUGGUUGUGGCAAAAGCUUACUAUGCAGUGCUUUGGCAGCUGACACGGAUGCACUUGUUGUGACGAUAAACGCUUCCGAGAUUUUCAGCAAAUAUUUCGGGGAAACGGAAGCGAAUUUGUUGCAACACUUUGAUAAGGCGUUCAAGAACUACCCGAACUCAACUUUCAUUGUCGUUGAAGAGAUAGUAAACGUUUGCGCAAAGGAAAACAAAGAGGAUUCGUCGAAGCGUGUCAGUUCAGCCUUUUUAAAUGUUCUGGAUAGCAUUCAUAGCAAGAGAGAGGGUAGUCGAACGUUUCUGUUGGCUACAACCAGUAACAUUGAAAAUAUUAAUCAAGCCGUCCGACGAAGCGGCCGAUUCGACAUCGAAAUUGAAAUACCCGUACCAAACCCAGAUGCUCGGAAAGACAUUUUGACAAAGAUGCUCGGCAAAAUAAAGAACUCAUUGACCUCUGACGAUGUGAAGCACUUAGCAAAUACGUGUCAUGGAUUUGUCGGAGCCGAUUUGUCUAGUCUUAUAUCAAAAUCAGUGCUCCAUGCCAUCAACAAAGACAAAAAUCUAUCAAACUCGUCUGGGCAACUCAUGCUUACAUUUGCUGACAUCCAGAACGGUUUGUGCCACGUCAAGCCGAGUGCAAUGAAAGAAGUGUUAAUAGAAAGUCCAAACGUCAAGUGGACCGACAUUGGUGGCCAGGAUGAACUGAAAUUACAAUUGAAACAAGCAAUCGAAUGGCCAUUAACACAUCCGGAGACAUUCACACGACUCGGAAUAACGCCACCACGAGGAAUUCUAAUGUUCGGCCCUCCCGGUUGUUCUAAGACAAUGAUCGCGAAAGCACUGGCAACAGAAAGUAAAGUCAAUUUUCUGUCAAUCAAGGGACCGGAACUGUUUUCGAUGUGGGUCGGUGAAUCGGAGCGUGCGGUUAGAGAUUUGUUCCGGAAAGCGCGACAAGUGGCACCAGCAAUUAUAUUUUUCGAUGAAAUUGAUGCAAUCGGUGGCGAACGGUCUUCCGGAUCAUCGGUCAAAGAACGUGUGCUGGCGCAAAUGUUAACUGAAAUGGAUGGUGUUAAUGUGCUAAACAAUGUCACGAUUGUAGCAGCUACCAAUCGGCCAGAUUUGAUUGACAAAGCAUUAAUGCGACCCGGUCGUAUCGACAGAAUAGUGUAUGUGAAACUGCCAGACGAGACCACUAGAGCGGAGAUUUUCAAAAUUAAGUUCAAAAAUAUGCCUCUUGAAGGGGACGUUGAUUUGAAGCAGCUAGUGGAGCGAACAGAAGGAUAUUCCGGAGCAGAAGUGCAGGCAGUAUGUCAGGAAGCAGCCAUGAAAUCAUUGGAGGAUAAUAUCGAUGCAGCUGUUGUGAGCUGGAAACAUUUUGAAAAGGCACUGGAGGUUGUGCAGCCGCGAACGAACUCCGAACUACUGAAAUUGUACGAGAACUAUUUGAAAACCUACUAGCUGAGUCACGUAUGAAAAGUGGCUGGUCAUUUUUGACGGCAUUGAGCUAAGAUGUACAGUGCUGCGCGCAGUUUUGGUAGCAAUGUGAGGUCAAACAUGUCUCUACACUUGGAGUCCUACGUGAAAGUUUUCGGUUAUACAAAUGUUCGGUUAUACAAAUGUCGUAUCAGCAUCUCAGGAAUUUACUGCUGAGUGAGUCGAACGUGCAGUUUAAUAAAUAA